CAUUACGCUAUGGUUGUCGGUUGUUCUGGAGACCGGUAUACUGGUUCCGAGAUAUUUUUAAAACGGAUGAUCUUGUGGAGUCCUUUAAGAUAAAUUUUCGCGUUUGCCGACAAAAGCGGCUCGCGGUUCUUGCAGUGCGGUUCGUUCAAGCACGAUGAUAAUGUUCCGCGCCAACUACCUCACAUUUUUGCCUUUAUUCUUCGCUUCGGGUGUCAUCUGCGCGACGAACCCCGUAAAUUACCAGGACGCGAAAUCUGUUUACGAAUUUACCGCCAAGGACAUCAGGGGCAACGAUGUGUCCUUGGAGAAGUACAAAGGUCAUGUACUGAUCAUCGUUAACGUGGCCUCCAACUGCGGGUUAACGGAAAAAAACUACGCGCAACUCAACGAGUUGUACGAAAAGUACGCGGACACCAAAGGGCUCAGGAUAUUGGCGUUCCCUUGUAACCAGUUCGCGGGUCAAGAACCAGGCACCGAUGCCGAAAUCUUGGAGUUCGCCAACAAGAAAAACGUCAAAUUUGACAUGUUUUCGAAGAUAAACGUCAACGGGGACGACGCUCAUCCUUUGUGGAAAUAUUUGAAGCACAAACAGGGAGGUACUUUGGUGGACGCGAUCAAAUGGAACUUUACCAAGUUUAUAGUGGACAAAAACGGCCAGGUGGUCGAAAGGCACGGACCCAACACCGAUCCGCUUGAAUUGAUACCAUCGUUAGAGAAAUAUUGCGAUUCCGACGAACGUUUGGAACUUUAAAAGGCAUAAUGCCCCGCAUUACGAAUUCAGAGUUCCUAAUAAAUGGCCAAUGAUGGUUUUUGUAUACACGUUUCGAUAAUUAAAUCGCUAUUUGUGAUACCUCGUUUAAUA